ACGCGGCCCAGCUCUCCUCUCCUCUUUCGCCAAUCCCUAGGCGCACCACCCUAAGCCACCGCAGGACCGCUGCGGCUUUGCCACCGGAGUUCGUCGGACCACCGUGCGGAUCCCGGUCCGUCGCCGCAGGCGAGGGCCUCCGACGCCGAUCGAAGUGCUGCUGCUGCUGUUUGGUGCUGUAGCCAUAAAGGAGAUUGUGGGCCAGUGAUUUCUUGGUCUGCUUCUGCAACAUAGAUAUUUUGGUGAUAGAGUGGCGGUGAUAACAGAUUUAGCCUGGUUGAUCCUCGACAACACACUCUUCAACUUGUUCAGUUCAUGCAAUGCAACCUGUGCGGCAACCGUUUCAACUUGUUGAUCAGGACAUGCCAGAAGCUAACAUGGGGAUGUCAGAGCAGAUGCCACAUUUCCCACAACUUGGGCACCAUAUGCCUCACUCUGGCCUUGUUCUACCUGCACCACGAGCUGUGCUACCUGGUGGAUAUAUGCCAAACAUGGGUGCCCCUAUGCAGCCUCCGUUUUAUACUUAUCAACAAAUGUGGGUUCCUGUUCUAGUUCACCCCCUGGGUUCAACUCAGCAUCACACCAUGUCUGCUUGGUUGCCCUCAGUUAGCUCAUCUGACCCUAGCCCUUUGGAUUGGCAAGAGCACUUUUCACAUGAAGGGAAAAAGUACUAUUACAAUAGGAGGACAAAGCAAUCAAGUUGGUACAAACCUGCCGAGUUGAUGACACCUUUGGAGAGGGCUGAUGCGACUACUGCUUGGAAUGAAUAUACUACGGAUGAAGGACGGAAGUACUACCACAACAGAGUGACGAAGAAAUCUCAAUGGACUAUUCCUGAGGAGCUGAAGAUUGCACGUGAACUAGCAGAGAAGGCGUCAAGCCAACGGCCUGAUCAGGACGCUCAAACCACUGCUGGCGCCUAUGUUGGAUCCUCUUAUGCUGCUUCAAGCACACACGAUGCAGUGGCGGUCGUUUCUGAAAGAAUAGAUCAAGAGUUGAGGAUUUGAGUCUUGGCCCAUGGUAGCAACAGUUGCUUCAGGCUUCAGGCACACAUGGUGCUGUAGGUAGCGGUCAGUCAUCUGUGGUCUGUUGAACAUUAGAUCAAAAGUUGUUGAUUUGAGGAAAAAGUUCUUAAGAUUUUACCGAAGUUGUUAUAAGGUACCCGUUCCAGAGUUGCUAUACCGUAGUUGCUACUCCUUUGGGUAUAAGCUACCCUGAGUUGUGGUUUUUAGUAGUAAUAUUUACUCCUUUGGGUAUGUUUA